AUGUCUCUUAAAGAUAAAGCGGGCACCCAUUGCGAGCAGGAGCACUGCCUCCAUGACGAUCCCAAGAUUAUCGAAGCAGCUGCUCCAGAGUAUGUCGAGGGCACGCCACAGGAGAAAAGGCUGGUCAGGAAGAUCGACAUGCAUCUCAUUCCAAUCUUGUGGGCUAUGUACGUCUUCAACUAUCUCGACCGAACCAACAUUGGUAAUGCCAAAGUUGGAGGAAUGGAAAAGGACCUCUCAUUGAGCUCCUCCGACUACUCCCUGAUUCUCUCCAUCUUCUUCGUCGCGUAUUUGUUGUUCGAACCCCCUGCUGUCAUGGUCUUGGCUAGAACGAAGCCAAGUAUUUUCUUGCCCUCGAUCAUGGUUGCUUGGGGAGCUGUCUCGGUCGCCAUCAAGGGUAUUGAUAGCCUUGGCAGUAUGAUCGCUUUCCGCGUCGCUCUUGGUUUCCUCGAGGCCGGGUUCUUUCCCGGGGUGAUGCUCGUGCUUUCUUGCUGGUACAAGCCUUCAGAGCUAUCGAAACGAAUCGCGGUGUUUUAUACCGCCACGAUUUUGGCCGGCGCCUUUGGAGGCCUACUCGCUGGCGGGAUCAUUGAUGGAAUGGAAGGUGUUGGAGGUGUGCGUGGGUGGAAGUGGCUGUUUAUCAUCGAAGGCCUGGGAACGGUCGUCGUCGGCGUCGCCGCGUUUCUCCUCCUGCCAGAUUAUCCCACCAACACCAAGUGGCUUUCCGAGCAAGAAAGGAGGCUAGCCACCACACGCUUGGUCAUUAGAGAAGAUCUGGACAAAAAGAUGCAUUACAAGAAGGCCAUACUUCUGUCGCUAAAAGACUGGAAGUUGUGGCUGUUCAUGCUCUCACUGAACACUAUCUUGGCUUCGGGCACGGUCUCGUAUUUCUUUCCAACUCUCAUGGGGGCUUUGGGCUACAAGGGCCGCAUGGUACAAUUCAUGACCGUACCUAUUUACGCCGUGACUUUGGUUAUCAACCUGCUCAUGGGCUUUUCCGCCGACUAUACCGGACAGAAAGCAUACCACGUCCUCGGUUGCUCCACCCUUGCCGUUAUCUCGUUCAUAAUUUGCGCGGCGAGCAAGAAUUUCGCCAUCCGCUAUGCUUUCAUCUGUUUUGGAUUUGCUGGGGUGCAGAGCUGCGUGCCCUUACUGAUCAGCUGGGAAGUCACCAUGUUCCCAGGUCGAGAGCGACGUGCUUUCUCGGUGCCGCUCAUCAAUGGCUUCGGUAACCUGGCCUCCGUUUAUGGGCCUUUCAUCUGGCCCGCCCAUGACGCACCCCGAUACAUUAUGGGAUUUGCCGUGAUGACCAUGUUCAUGUUCAUUGCAGGCUCCAUUGCGCUAGUCAUUAAGAAGAUCUGGGACGACAAGGGUCUCGAGAGAAUCGACUACGAAGCGCAGGAGAGUGAACAGCAGAAUAAGUGA